AUGACUGUUGUGGCUCCUAUGGAGAUUCGUACCUUCUCCGAUUUUGUGAACAAAGCGAGGGUCGUUGAGGAAUAUGUGAAAAUGGUAGCUUUGUCCAAGGAAACUCACGAAGGAAACACUAGUCAGGGACGUGGCAAGUAUUUUCAUCCGAGGGGUCAGAGUUUCAAGAGAGGAGGAUAUGUGCCUCAUGGUGGUUGCUUCAACUAUGGCUUGCCUGGUCACCUUGCGAGAGAUUGCACUCGUGGGAAGACCCCGAAUGCGGGUCAGAGUCAGCACCAAGGGCGAGUGUUUGCUGUGAACGCCAAGGAUGCUUCUAAGGCGGAUCCAUUGAUGAGAGGUAUAUGUUUAAUUGGUGAUAAGACCUUAGUUGCAUUGUAUGAUACUGGAGCUUCGCAUUCAUUUAUUUCAUUUGACAAAGUUGAGGAACUAGGCUUGAAAGUGGCAAAGUUAGCUUUUGAAUUGCAUGUACAUACUCCACAUCAGACGGUUAUGACUAGGUCAUGUUGUUGGCAAGUAGGUUUCAAGCUUGAGGGUAGAGACUCUGUGCAUGAUUUGAUCUGUUUACUAAUGGUUGGGUUGGAGAUAAUUUUGGGGUUUGAUUGGUUGUCAAAGAAUCGAGUUUUGUUGGAUUGCUUUGAGCGGUCAAUUCAGUUUAUACCGGAAGGAGAAAAUGGAGUAGUGAUGGCUGAGGGUUAUUACCUGAACUCUGUAGUGGUGCACUGUAGUGGGAAAGAGUGUCAGGGUUAUAUCUUGUUGGCUGCUAAUGCGUUGGGUGAUGCCUAG